UAGAUGUGUUGCAUAUAGUGAAAAGUCGAGACGUCAUAAUAAACUAAAUUGUUUUUGUGAUUGAUAUUAAAUAUUGUGUUAAAAGCGAAAAUGGAAUAUUAUGAAAUAUAAUAACAUUCAUUGGUUAUUCAAACUGCUUUUGAUUCCAGUCGUGUACCCCAGGUAUACAUAACUUUGUUGCUUAUGUGUACACAUCUGAAUGUAUACAUAUAUAUUCUGUUCAAUCUGAAGUGAAAAAGCCAAUAACUAGUUUUGUGCAUGUGUGCAUGCAUAUUUUUUUGUGCAUUAUGGAUAUACAUAUAUAAAACAUCUUAAAAACCGAUAUAUUUGCAAGACAUGGAGGUUAAUAGGUUCCCACAACUACAAUGUUUUUAUUGCAUGUAACAUCAGCCAUCCGUAUUGAGCAAAUGCCAUGUUAAAACAAUGCCCUCCGUAAAUAACCACUAAUAUAAGGUCGGAGUCACAUUCAAAAGUACAAUAUCAUGCUUAAAACGGACCAUAGCUUUCGAAUUAAGGUUAAGAAGCGUGAUUUUUCGGGAAUAGGAAACCACCAUGAACAUAAAAAUAAAAUUGAAAAAAAAGUAAGGAGAGAUUGGACUCAACCCACAAGCGCCACAACAAACCCUUCAUCAGUAUUAAAACACGAUUUAAUCGCUCUCUUGUCUCGAAAAAUGCUUUUACCUCGACGCCAUCAUGCCCUCAUUUUAUUUCUGCUUUUGAUUGCUGUUCACCAAAUUUGUUUGACCCAGUCUAUAUUAUUAGAAGAAUUAAGUUCGAGGAACAACAGAACCAUUUCGCAGGAAAAGUCUAAUGAAUACGGUAACUUGAGCAAUAGCACUGGAAAUAACAUGAUUGCUGGUACCUCCCCUAUAGUCCAAAAGGAUUAUUUGGAAAAGUUAAAUAACUUUGAGCGUAGUGUUGCAGCUGUUUUAAUAAAAGUAGCAUAUGGAACAACCUCUACAACCAAGCGAAGUAUACCAGAUACUAGUUAUUCCUUAGGUCUAACUACUGUUGCCACACCAUUUCUAACAACGCAGAGGUAUUUCUCCGUACAUCAACAACAAAGUGUCAAUGGUCGCCAGAAAAAUUAUGAACUUGACUUAGAGAGAGACCAUGCAUUGCCAACUUCGGCGCCCAAUGCUGACAUACUAAAAAGUAAUAAUAACCCGACUUACCCAAAUCCAAAUCGUCACCACCCACAUGACAGAGAUCGUCACAGGAACACCGUUCAGUCUAAUUCGACUCCGUCAUCAUCAAUUCCCAACCUUUUAAAAAAAUCGAACGGAGGGCAACCACCAACAAUACCAAUGUAUCCUGGCGACAUUCCAUCAUAUUCACCACCUUCGAGAGCCUUCUUCACACCGCCACUGCCACCGGAGUAUCAAAAUCCAUUUGCAGAUAAGCCCACAUUGCGUGGUACCAAUAAUGAGGGUCUAGUUGGUAUUAAUAGGCGACCCAUCCCACCGCCAAGUUUAAUGCCCAGUCAGGACCGGAUCCCUAUUCGACCACCAGAUCUGGGAGGCAAUAGUAACGAUGCCAUUGUAAAUCCGUUAGCGGACUUAAGUUACGCUAAUACUGGUGUAGAUGCAAAGCACCCUCUUGAUUCAACUGGCUCUCAUGGAACGGUGUCUAAUGUGUCCGCCACGGAUCGUAAAAAAGCUCUCAAUACACCGGCACGUACCACCAGUGACAACUUUUUAAAUGAAAAGACAGCAAUCGCAAAGGGGCCCCAUGAACCGGAUGUCACUGAUCCCAUUAAAAGACAGGAAGUUUUACCAAAUAUAAGACGUAUUCUGGGAUCGAAUGGAAAGAACGGGGACAUACCUGCUGUGUUGUUAAAGCAGGUAACUCAGCGACCCAUAAUUAGCGUGCGACAUCCGCCCUCUUCACCAAUUGUACUGAUCGAAAAAACUUUAACAAAUGAGGAGAAAACUGAUGUUGAUGGAUCCUCUGUGGCUAGUCCUAAUAUUAAUCAGAGCAAAUACCAGUUAGGUAUGUUGGAUUACUAUGAUAAUGCUAAUCAGACUACAGGAGGAACAACGCCAUCAGCAGCUGCUGCCAUUGGCGACGUCUCAGCCACCUCAUUUUCAUAUGCCACCACUAACGCGGGCCAAUCCAGACAUGACGGAAAGUCUUCUGACACUAUUAAAGGGUUGGAUCCGAGCAUGGGCGAUCGUGAUGCGAUUGCCGCCUCAGCAGCAGCUGCAUCGGCAAACACUACGUGGACCUGGGCCUGGAAUAUUCACAUCUAUUUAUCAGUUGUACUCUUUACUAUUUUAUCGGUAUAUUCCCUUUACAAACUGCUUACCUAUAACAAGCUUACACAUUUGUUUGCGCAGUCGUACUUUGUGUGCAUUUAUCUCAUACUGAUUGUGAUCUGUAUAUUGAGAAUAUUUUUCCUUUGCUUCGACGCAUACAAUGUUCAUGGCACCUUUAAUAUAUUCACUUCAGAACUCUUGCUGAAUUUACCCUCAACAUUCUUAACAGUUGCUUUUUCGGUGCUUAUGUUGUUCCUUUUUCUUAAGUCUUUGAACCACAAGAACAAUAGGUACUCGGCUCUGAUAAGACCGCUGACCGUGGUUGUAGGCUGCGGAGUACACGUUGUGCUUUGCAUUACACUACAUUAUGUUGAAUCGUAUACGCUCAAAAACCACCAUUUGUAUUUUCAACAACAGCAGCAACAGCAGUAUUUUCGUCGGCAGCAACUUCAUAAUCAACAAGGUCAAGUUACUGCUACAAUGUCUCCAUCGACUAUUUUGCCACCGCCUCCGCGAGUCUUGAAUCUUAUCUGUCAAAUAAUUUAUAUUUUUAUAUGUCUCAGCUUGGGACUCCUUUAUCUCUACUUGUAUCGCAUUUUAAAACGCAUUCUUCGCAGCAAAUCUCAAAACUAUAUUCAUGGCUAUCAGAACUUGUCCUACGCCAUACAUAUUACGAUUGCCACAGCUCUUCUGUUUGUUCUAUUGGCUGCCCUACAGAUAUUUGGUGCCAUAUGUAUUUCGUCAUCUCGUCCAACUAAUAUUGUCGAUGUCGACUGGCUACAAUGGGGAUAUCAGUUUUCUUUGCGGCUCAUAGAGAUAGCCAUAAUAACUUUAAUAUCCUGGGUAACAGGGCUUAAGACCAGUGUUGGGCACGAUUCUUUAAAUGCUGCUAAUGGGGACGUUCGGAUGGCCGGUGUUGGUGUGGGAGCCAUGGGUGUGUACGGCCAAAAUGGUGGUUCAACGAUUAAUGCCAUUAGAGAGAAACAUGUCGGGAAUGGCAGCCACAACUCAAAUGUAACCAAUUUCUUUCUGCCAUGCACAUCGAGCUCUAGUCAAGAGCAGUUCGAAACCGACUUCCCAGCUAUUUGCAACGCAAAUCCCAAUCUUCACACGUACACUAUGCGGACCGGAAAACUUAUAUACGAUGACAGCUAUGCUCUGAACUCUAUAGGGCCGACCGUUGCACCAAAUUCAAACAGCCGGCCCUGUGAAUAUCAACUGCAGGAGCCUAUGUACCAGAGGCCUUAUGAUACGGGUUCGGUUGGAAGUGCUCCUAAUGGUCAAAAUGUGGCAGAUUAUGGAUCCCAAGCUACACAAAACUACAAGCAAAAUCACCAAUCCCAUCAAAUGCGGUUUCACGAGCAGCCCACCUAUACGAGCGCGGACUAUAUGACUGAUACACCUCCAGAUCACUAUGAAAAUCCAAAUUUCCAUUUACACACCACCGGCAGUGGUACUUCUGGAAAAGUGCAAAAAGAAAUUUACGACAAAAAUGAGGUUGGCUCUACUUCAGGUUCUGGAUCUUCUCAGCAGCAAGUAGUACUGUUGCAAAACGACAGUUGUUAUUCUGAGCCACUUGAGCAGGAAAACAAACGAUAUGAAUUUAAUAUAUUUGAGCGACCUGUGUUUAAGGAUAAAUCAGUUCACAAUGCUCAGUCAAAAAGUGAGUGUUUCCAUGAUCGCCAAAAAAUAACAAAUGGGCGCGAAAGAAAGUUUGGUAAUGGUACACUUGAACAAAAUUUCUUCGAAAAUAAGAAUCCGGAGCGCCGCAGUUCAAACUCAACCAAUUCCUGCUCGUCAUCAAAUGCUGGUGGAGGGCGAUAUGGAAGUUAUAACUCAUAUGAAUGUGGAUUUUUCAACGGCGUUCGCAAGAGUGGUACUUUGAGCAGUAUUCCUAGUGGUGGAGUAACAUUGGUAGGAACUGCUUCAGGUCGUACUGUUGAUACACCAAUUGCUUCUGCUGGGACUCAACGAAUAACCGCCAAUGGAGCGCAGACGUUAGGAAUAUCGGAUAGAGACAAAGCCCACUAUUACCAGAGAUCAAGUGGUCGUCCCUCAAAUUUAAGAUCAUUGCAGGGUGGGACUGAUCUGUUUAAGAGUAUACCCACUAGACAGCAUCAACUACAACAGCUACCUUAUGAUCCUAAUUCCGAAGAAGAAGAAGAAGAGGAGGAAGACGAAAUAAUAUCAGGAAAUAAUGUAGAGUGUACAAACUUGAUAAACAACGAUGAUGGUUCUGCCAUUAUUGCCAAGGACAGCUCUCCAAAUUCUAUUUCCAUAAAUGGAAUAUCGUCAUCAGUACUUGUCGACGCAGUAGCAACUAAAAAUUUAUUGAAUGACCCGCUUUUACAUUUAGGUGUACACACACAAAUGCAUAAUCAAAAUAAUGGAAAGCUUCGUUCCGAGUUGUGUACUGCUUCAUCAGCUUCGGUGGCGUCUGCAUCUUCAAACUCAUACACAACGUCAAGUGCUUCUGAUAGUAUGUUAGUAACAGACCAAGGCUUUCUACGAUUUCGGUCCAUAGAGGAUCAAAACAGUUCACAAAGUGGAUCCAAUGCUGAACGAGAAGUUGUAUCUUCCCAUCGUCUUAAAAGUUGCAGUGCGACUGUAAACGGCAUCGAUUGCUAGGAUUUUUGUAGGUCCUGGAUACUUAGCUUUGCAUGUCUUAACGAUAACCAUCUUGUUUCAAUAAUUUACUCUCAAUCAAACGAUGUUUUGAUUGUUCGUUUAUGCCAAUAAAUGUAGUUAAAUCACCUCUUUCUACUAUCUUCAAACUUGUGAUAUACAUAUAUAAAACAAAAAACUAGCGAAAAGCUAUAUAUUAAAUAUACGAAUUUUCAGUAUAAAAAUUUAUCAUUCGGUAAAUAUUUAUCUUAUGCUCACAUUAAUAAAAACUAAAUUAAAAAUUUAUUUUUAAAACCAAGAUUAAAAUGCUUAUUUAAAAAGUUUAGAUUUUAUGCUUUCACAUUACAAACUUGUAUCCUUAUUCAAAAAUCCAUAUGUCUUAUAUAACUCAUAGAUCAAUUUAAACAUUUAUAUUUCCAUUAUUUACGUAGUAAAUAUGUAUAUACAUACAUAUAUCGGAAAACUUAUUUAUAAAUUAUAAUGUUUAUUCUUUUUCACUUUACAAAAUCAUUUCUUGUGAUUUUUUUGCUACCCAGUCAAUCUAGGACAUCAUAACUUUCAUGUGCACGGCGACAAGUAAAGAAUGUGCGCUCAAAUUUGAAUUUGGUUGAUGUACAAACUUUUAAUUUGCAAAAUGUGUUAUACAUCAAUAAAUUUUUCUUAGUAUAUAUACUCAUUUAAGUUUUAAAAAAAGUAUUCGUUUUUUUAUAUGAUCUAUAAGUUAGUAAAUUUUAGCUUUUUAACAAACAACAUUUGUCACAAUCACGAAUAAUUAAAGAAAAUAAAUUAAUGUGAAAUGAUUCAGAAAAGUAAUUUAUGAGCUUGGUACACUGUGUUGUGUAUUAAUUUCAUUUCAAACGUCUAUUUGACACAAAAAUGCUAAAACUGCAUAAACGUGUAGACAUUGAAAAACAUUUUAAAUUCAAACAAACACUGAAACUUAAAUACACAACACUGUUUAAUAAGUCUAGUUUUUAUAUAAAUAAAACUAUAGUUCUAUAAAAAGGCCGACAAAUUAUUAUUAUAUUAUUUUUACCUGAUUUUAAAUAGGCCAGGACAAAAGUAAAUUUUUUAAAUUAAAUGAUAUAUCUUAAUACUAAAUAUUUUCUUAGGGGUAGACACAGAAAAAUGCUUUUUAUAUAAACAAAAAACAACCUGUUAAAAUAAAAGUUAAUUGCAUAGUACUGAUUAGUUAAGGAUUUUUCAUUUUCUAUUGUUAAAUUGAUCAAAAAUAAAUGUAUUCGUAAAAUACUUCUAUAUUAAGGAUACAAUUUAUAAGGUUAUAGUUUUAAUCUUUUUAUGCAGCACCGUCAAAUCAUAAUGACAUGUUAGGAAGCCAUAAAUGAAUUACUAUUAUCAUAGAUAACCUGUAUAUAUAUUUUUAUAUCUAUAAGGAAUAAUAAAUUCCUAUAAUAAUAAAAUGACAAACAAUAUUUCCGAAUAAUAAUUAUCCUUUACUUUGUACACAUAGACAAACAAACAUGUAUGCGUAUUCUUCAAUGUAAUUAUCUUUAAUAAGCUAGCCAGGCAAAAAUAAAUAUAAAAUACAGAAUUUA